AUAUUUCUAUACAACCUAGUUUCUGUUGUAUAUUCUCAUAAUUUUAAUCUUUGGUUUUGGGUGUUUUUCUCUGAAUAACAUAUAGUUGUCUCUUCAUAGUCUUAAGGGUUUUAACUUUUACAGUGGGUGAUUUACUAAUAAUGAAUAUAAAUAAAUUAAUGAUAUAUCUUUAUUUUCCUCCAGUCAUCUUUUUUUUUCUGCCUUGAUUCUUUAUAACAUUUACCAUAUGAUUUAUUUCUUUUAAUUCCACCAAUAUUGUAAAAUUAAAUAUUUGUGUUUAAUUCUAUUGGUUAUUUUUACCAGCAAGCUAGCCAACUUCUCUUUAAUCUGUAAUUCUUCUCUGUUUGUCAGAAUCACGAGUGGAAUAGUGAAAACUGUUUUCUGGUUCAAGAUUGUGGAUUUAGCACAUGUGGACUCAUGGUCUUGUUUCUUCUUAAAUCCCGUUAAAAUAGAUUAGGUAGAUAUGAAGAGGUGUCAACUUAAAACAGCAAGGAGAGAAGGAAAGGAAGAGUUAAGGGUUAUCAGUAGACAUGUGAUUUGGCCAGUUUUCUGGAAGAUGGAAAAUGGAUGUUGGUGGAUUAAAACCAUAGCCCAGAGUGUGCUGUAAGUAGACUGCAGUGAACUGGGAGUGCUACCACCCUGCUCUCCCCUAAAACCGCAGAGGGACUUUCAGGCAUAGUCUUACCAGGCAGGACAGAGAGCAAGAGUAAGAAAUAGGAUUGACUAAGGUAGGGAGGGCGGGAAAGACUUAACUGAAGAUAAGUAUAUAAAACACCUGUGAUAAUACCCUCCCCGCUUCCUGCAUGCAGAAUAGGCUGGAGAGAGUGUAGUCAGGUGUAUAUACCCCCAAGAAAAAAAGAAGUCUCUUCUAAAGAGAUUAAGUGAAAUCAGUGGGGAGCUAGGACUUGUAGUGUGGGUUGUUGGCUCUGGAAUAGGGGUCAGCAGACUUUAUGUAAAGUGUCAGAUGGUGGAUAUUUUAAGAUUUGCAGGCCACAUAAGGUUAUGAUUUCAGUGGAAUAUGCCUCUUGUAGUUUUUGUGUUUGUUUUCUAUAACACUUUAAAAAGUAAAAGUCAUUCUCAGCUCAAGGGUCAUACUGAAACAGUCUGAUCUGUAAUUCACUUCCACCCUGUUUAGGAAGAAGAUCCUCCUCAAUCUCUCAUCUGAUGGCUGUGCAGUUGGAAAGCUAGCUCCUUACCAGCUUUUCCUGAAAAUAAACCUGCCUGUCGAGUGUUCUCCCUAGGCUUUGGGAAGAAACCUUGAUAUUACACCUGUGUUAAUAGGAAGCUGUUGAUUGAGAUUUCUGUUACAAAGUCUUCCUGUCAGGAGUAAGUCACUUUAUAAAACGAAAUUGAGAGCUUGUAAUCAUAAAGUGCUGUUUUUCAAUCUUAAACUUUUGACCAAGAAUGAAACUGUUUAAAAAUUAAGAUGCCAACAGUUUCAUUUAUGUAUGUGUUUAAAUCACGAAGAGCCCUGUGGUCCCAGUCACAGGUCAUUUUGCCUGAAUGGAGGGAUGUGUUAUGUGAUACCCACUAUUCCCAGCCCAUUUUGUAGAUGCAUUGAAAAUUAUACGGGAGCUCGUUGUGAAGAGGUUUUUCUCCCCAGCUCCAGCAUCCAAACUAAAAGUGACCUGUUUGCAGCUUUUGUGUCAUUGACUAUUCUUCUAGGAACUCUUAUCAUUGGAGCCCUCUACCUCCUUUUCAGGAAGGGCCACCUUCAGAGGACCAGUUCAGUCCAGUAUGAUAUCAACCUGGUAGAGACAAGCAGUACCAGUGCCCACCACAGUCAUGGAGAACACUGAAGAAAUAUCACACUGAACAAAAUCAUUCCUUGUUUGUCACAAAGGCAGAAAAUGAAACUCCAUAAGGCCUUAUAUGACCUAUUCUGUCUCCACCAAUAAUUGAUCGCCCCAGGUAUCUGAGUCUGUAGUCACCUUGCGGCUUUUACAAGUAAUGCCUGCCAUUCUUCCUGCCUGAUUUCCAAGUUAAUGGCAAAAUAGAGGUGAGCACUUAAGACACACACAAUAAUUUUCAAAUAAAGUCUACUCUACCUCUUCUGGUUUGAAGGUAGGAACUGGAAACCAGGCCUCUGCCACUUUUUAAAUAAGACUGCCACUGCACUGGGACAAAGGCAAGUAAAAUGUCUCAAAAUUUUCCUAUCAUUUUGAAGAUGAUUUUUCUUCACUGGACAUGGUCUUGUUUGCUGUAAUCUUUUAUUGUUUUCCAGAGCUCUGACAGUGCUGGUUCAUAUAGUUGCUGUUGGUUUUGUUGGGGAACAAGAGCUUAGAUUGUCCUAAUCCACCAUUUUGCUAGUGUCACUCAGGAUUUUCAUUAAGCAAACUCAUACUCAGUUUCUACAAAUGAAAGUCAAGUCAGUCAUCUAAACAUCUCAAUUUCCAAUCAAGAGGAUUUAGUCUUCUGUUUCCAAUAAAUCUGAAUUUAUGGUGGUGCUAAUCUGGUUAGAUUGUGUGGGCACAAAAUGCCGAAAGUAGUUUUAUUUUUUUGUCAAAAAUUUCUGUAGAACGUAUGGAAAAUUCUCAGAUUUGUAAAAGGGUUUCACAUUCUUUGUAUGUUCAAUGUGUUAAAUUAGCAACAUA